AUGAUGGCCUAUUGGGCGGAUUUGAAAGAAGAGUACAUUGCAGUUGGCGAAAUUAACAUCACAUCGAUGUCUAUCACAAAACAUAAAAUAUUAUUUUCAAAUAAAUUAAGCGAUUUGAAAUCACUGUGUGUCGACCCGGUCAGUAGAUCUGUAUUUUGGCUGAAAUCAGGCGAAACUGUGCAGGUAGAAAGUGGUGGUCUUGACGGAAGCCGAAGGUUUGUGUUGUAUGAAGAACAAGCUGCUACAGCACGAGACCUGGAAAUUGACUCUACUACUCAACGUCUUCUUUGGUUUGAUGAAACACACAACAGAAUCACCAGCAUCGAUCUCCAGGGUGGCAACGUUCGCCGCUCCUCGGUUCCAGGUCUUGGCACCGAUCGGCUAAAAUUUUUAACCGCGUCUUCUGGAACAAUAUACUACUUCAGUGGAAUGUCUAUUAUUAGUACAGCAGAAAAGGCAGCAAAUUCAUCAAAAUUUCAUGCCCAUAUGACGCUCAGCUACCAGCCCUACUCUGUGAAGAUUUUUGGUGAAGAAGAACAGCCAACACCGGAAAUUAAGGGCAAUUACACAUGUGUGCCCGAAAAUUUCAGACAUCUCACGAACACCGGUGAAACCGGAUGCAACUUCCUUUGCCUAAGUUCCCCCGCCAUGCCUCGUUACACUUGCGUCUGCCCAAAUGGUAUUCCGUCAACUAAAGCCGUUGCGUCACCCGUAGUUAGCAAAAAGGAAGCGUUGGUAGUUUUAACUCACUCCCACACAUGUCCGAAGAAUCCGGAAAAGUUUCUUCUAGUUGCUCGCCCGCCGAAAAUCUUCAUGCUCUCCCUGAGUGACACCUACGUUGACAGUCAUCUCUGGCCAAUAGACUUUGACCCGAAGUCAAAUUGUGUAUACUGGGUCGACAAUGCGAUAUACCGCCUGAAACUCGGGGAAAAAAAUCCCACAACGUUGAUUGAACCUGCAAAUGGGGUGCUCCAGACGCUCGAUGGACUUGCUGUAGAUUGGAUAGUUGGCAACCUCUACUGGUCGACAGGCGGCAAUAGGCAGAUAUGGGUUUCUCGCCUUGAUGGAGCCUGGCCGCGCCUUUUACUCACACUUGAAGGUUUCGUGGACAACAACGCUGCCGAUCCAAUUCAAUCUGACAUUCUUUCGGAGCCGUCUGGCGAAGAGACAACCAAACGAAGGCCUACGGCUCUGGCCAUUGACCCAAUCAACCGAUACCUGUUUUUCAACGUCUGGUCGGGAACUCGCGGUCGGAUUGAACGUACCUGGCUUGAUGGCACCCAUAGAGAGGUAAUUGUUGACCAAAAUCACACUGUUUGGCCCAACGGGAUCGCGUUAGAUUUUGAAUCUCGCCACCUCUACUACGUAGAUGCCUAUUUGGGCGUCAUAAACCGAGUGGAUUAUAAUGGCGGUAAACCAAAACAAAUCCUCUCUGGCCACCUCCAGCACCCAUUCGGAUUUGAUUUGCUUGGCGAUAAUCUCUAUUGGAGUGACUGGCAGACCCUUUCAAUCCUGCAAAUUAACAAACACACCGGUGAGGAUUUGCGUAUUCUCAAAACCAUCGGAGUUGACGAGGCGCUAAUGGGUAUCCGAGCUGUAGAUUUGACGACCAAUAAUACUCGCCGUAAUGGUACGAAAGAUGAAGCGGACGAUCUCUACUACUGUGCCUGUCCCCCCGAGUACGCUCUCGACUCUGACGGGAAGACUUGCAUCGUGCCCGAUUUCAUGUUGCUCUAUUCUCUCAAUGGUGCUGGCAUUCGACGCAUGAGUUUGCCCAAGUCUCGUCCCCGGUCUUAUCACGCCCACGCACGCAUGUCGCCCGACUACCAGAGCCGAAGUAAUCCGCGUCCCUACGUCGAGGAGGCGGCGGCGAUCAGCACCGCUCCAGCCUCCCACAACGUUGAUUUGGCCGCAGCAGAAAUGGCUGCGAUGGCAUCGAAUCAAAUCUUCAACCACGUUCCCCUGCCUUUCCUCCGUCGAGUCAUCCGCUUCGAUGUACACAUCUCUGAAGAACGCAUCUACUGGGUGGAGGACUCUGCUCCUCAGUGCAUAUCAGUGGCUUUUUUAAAUGGGACUGGAAAGGAAACUCUACUUUGUUUGUUCCAUGACUCAAAUUUGGGGGGGACCAACCGAACUGGUCCGGGUGUAAACGGUGGCUCCGCAUCAUCCGAUAGUCAGCACCGCACUCAGGAUUCCAUAAUCGGAUUGGCUUUGGACUGGCUCACUAAUGCGCUCUACUUUUGCGUGGAUGGUGAGCGUCCGAGGCUGGAGGUGGUGGACCUCAAGUAUCGCAACUACGCACAACCCUCCGUGUCUGCGAGCUACUCACCAUCGUCACCUCGGACGCGAUCCCAAGCGGGUCUGCGAAGAGGAGGCAGUCUGCAUCACCAGCGAACGAAACGCAAUAUCGUCCCCUCCUGGUUUCUUCACCCGUCCAAGGGCACAGAUCUGCCUCCCGACGACUACGAUCUCCACGAAUAUGACUUGAAUUCAGUGACAGAUCGCUUGGCCAACAUUGUGGACAACUACCGCCUUGUGCUUUUGAACAACCUUUCAUCUCCGCGUGACAUUGUAGUGCAUCCGAGAAAACGCCUACUCUUUUGGCUAGAUGGAUCACACAACGCUCGCUUCAACAUUUUCUCAGCUGGACUCGACGGACGAAACCAUCGUUUGGUAUGGAAUGGCGUUGGCAUGGUCAUGAGCCUGGCCAUUGAUUAUGACACCGACAGACUCUACUGGAUGAAUUGGGUGACCAGGUGCAUCGAGUCCGUGUCUCUGAACGGGGAGGACUGGUUUGCUGUGAACCCAGUGCUCCCGUCGGAUCAGGCAGCCCGUUCCUCGUUGAGGAACUCGGGCAGCACUAAUGGUGACACCGCAGGCCCUCCCUCAGCUGCCUCAUCUACUGAUUUUCAUCCUUAUGCCAUCGACGCUUUUCAAGGAGCUGUCCUCUUUUCUGAGCUGACCACCCAAAGUGUCUACAGGGUGCAGAUUCCGAAAUCGCGAUCCGGCUUCACAAUUGGCAGUCAGCUGAAUCUACCAGCUGACAUUCUACUCCGCGGUCCGUCGUCGACGCCCUCCAGUGGAGCCAAUUUCCUCGUUCUUGGUUUAUUUCUGGCCGGUUUCGAUCGACAGGCGCCGGAGCCGGGCCACCAGUGUGCUCCACCCUCCUCUGCAUCAACCCUCCAGCCACAGGCGCCAAUGUGGGCCCAUCGUUACGGCUCGCACAAUCUACCCCAUCAACUACAACAACAGUCUGGGCCCAUCUGUCAAGCGUUGUGUCUGGGCGCACUACCACCGCACUCUGUGCUGGGCGGUCGUGGUGGCACGCACGCAUCUGUAUUCAGGGGACGGGGUGGUACCAGUGCCAAUCACCCGUCGUUGCUCGAUGACCGGUCACCUCGUUUUACCUGCGCCUGCCCCACGCAAUUCACCCUGGCCUCUGAUGGCUACAGCUGCCUCGAGCCCCAACGCAGCCUUCUAAUGGUCACAAGCGAUGGCUCGAUCACUCGUUACACUCCUGACGACCAGCCCGCCACGAACCUCCUCUCCCUGUCCCUCCUCUCCCUCCCCAUGUACGAUCAGCUUUCCACAGACUGGAUCAACUCGCCUCCCUGGCAUCCUGUUGGACAGUUUCCACUGUACGCGGAUGUAGGAGCACACGGCGGAAAUCCCGAUCGUCUGUCGGACCCCCUCGUUUUCGCACGGCGCUGGGCUGCCCACCACCGAGUGGCUGCCGUAGCGCUGGACGAACUGACCAACUCGGGCCUCUUCUUUCUGCUGCAACCCGUGAAACGCGAUCGAGCAUCUCCACUACCCUCACGCGGAAGGAGUUUUCGACAGGGCACAGACGGCGGCGGCGGCGGCGGCGGCGGCGGAGGCAGAGGCAGCAACAGAGAUCAGCCGCACGAUCCACUUGUUGGCAGUAACAACUUCGCUCCUGCGUUCAUGCGCCUGGGGUUCCUCGAGUUUGCAACAGGCGAAGUGGCACUGUGGGAAGGUGGCCCUUUGGUUGCGAUGCCUGAUCAGCCGUGGCAAUCGCAUAUCGGAAAGAGGGACGGUAACUUGAAUCGUAAAAGAAAUCUUCUGGCACCUGAUCGUCCUCGUUGGAGUCUUACAUUCGAUCCAAUCAAUCAGAUCGUCUUUUGGAGUGACGCCAUCACCGGUUUGAUCGGAGCAGAGAACAGCCGAUCCGGACGCACAGUCGGUCUAGUGGCUAAUCUCAGCGAGGUUUCUCGCACUAUCUUUGAAAUUGUCGUCGAGCCACGAUCGGGCCAGCUUUUCCAGCUAACUGGCAGCCUGGAAGAGCCAGGAGGUCGUCCAUCUGACUGUCGCAUUGAAGUCACCUAUCUGGAUGGUAGCGAUCGUCGUGUGCUGUACGAUGCUUCGACUCAUUCCAGUUGCCCGCAUUCCCUCGCUUAUUCCGCCAAGUUCGCUAAACUCUUUUGGGCUGAUCCAACGAAAAGGCUGAUCCAGUCACUCGCUGUAGCCAGUGGUGCUGGAAUCAGUACAUCAAAGCCUGAGACGGUCGUUGUUAGUGCUUCACCCCUCCCAAAAUCCCUCGCUGUUCUACCUGAGAGCACUCGCGGAGUUGCGUCAUCCGGAAAACCUCUCUGGCUGACUUGGUUUGAACCAAUCCACCACGGCGUCGCAUCUGGCAUUGACAACCAUCCUGUACGCCUUCUAUACGUUCCACUAGAUGCCCCCCACACAGGUGGUGUUCAGCCGUCACCCCAAAAGCCCCUUGUUCCGCCCUCGGGACUCCACUCUUACGUGCGGAACAGUGAAAGUGAAUUAUUUUUGCUUCCUGUGCGUGGUGGAGGGUUAGGAGACCUUUCUUGGCAUCCGUGUGCCGGGCCAUCUCACGGCGAAUGCUCGCAAUUUUGCUUGCCAAAGGUGACUGCAUCGUCACCAAGCCUGCCCCUAUAUCCGGGUCCGCUUACCCCUCAUCCGCCGCUGUCGUCGCCACAGCCACAGUCGCUCUGGCGGACUGUGCGUCGGUGUGCCUGUGCCCUCGGCUCACACUUGAUGGACCCGGGAGCACAGGGCGACGAGGGCAACGUGUGCAGCCAAAUACCCUACUGCCUCCCACCGAAUAUGCUGUGCCGGGCGGGCUUAACCACGGACGACAAGGGGGGACGCGGGGGUCCUGGAGGGAGCUAUUUCCUCAGUGGCGAGCCAUUCCCGCAACGAGGGUUUUGUAUUCCGGCUCACAAGGUCUGCGACGGAGUAGUUGACUGCAAGGACGGAAGUGAUGAGGUAAAUUGUCCGAAGACCUGUCCUGAAUAUGAGUGCAACAAUGGGCGCUGCCUUCCAUUUUCGUCGCGUUGCAAUGACGUCAUAGAGUGUGACUCAGACGAGUCGUGCUGUGGCAGGGACCAGUUUGAGUGUCGUCGCCCGCGGCAUUCCCUCUUCCUCUAUCAUCAGCACUCGCUAGUCCCUCCAAGUCGCUGUCUGCCUCAGGAGUUCGUCUGCAACGGGCGACCUGACUGCUCCGACGGCUGGGACGAGGCUUCAUGCAAUGCGACUAGCCACGAUUCGGGGAACGACGGCAUCACCAAGGCCUUGGUAACGGCGAAUGGAAGCACGGCGACAUUUGAAGCGAUCGUCUCAGACAAAAGAGCCAGGGGAUCUGGUGAAUUCCCCUCCGUCUAUGCUGUGGUCAUCGUUUCAGCGAUUAUCAUCGUCCUUCUACUCGUCAGCCUUGUUGCUUAUGUGUGCUCUAAAAAGUGGUCCAAAUCCUCAUACACCGUUCAUGCCGAGCAGCUCGAUGUUCUUCUAAUCCCCACGGGCAAGGGCGGAGGCGAAAGCGAUGUGGGAGGAUCGAAGUGUGCAGACCUCCAGCGCAAGGGCCGUGAUGAUUGCCACGGGCCACUGGUCGCACAUACAGCCACAAUCAAGACCACUGCAACAGUAACCGAACAUGUUUCAACGUCUGCUUCGCGUCGGCGACGUGGUGUUGAGGGUAGUCGGAAGGUCACUUCCAAAGUCUCUGUCCUACCUCAUCCGGCUACUGACCCUUCCAGUUGGUAUUGCCAUUCUUGCUCCUCUCGUGGGGGUCAGCCCCCAUCUGCUGCCUUUUCCAGAACCUCUUGCAAACGUUGUCGUAGACAUCACCACUACCACUCCAAAAACCAGAGGUCGACAGUUCACUCACGUUCGCCUUGCCGCUGCGGAGCCAGAGUGGGUGAUGGUAAGGGCCCUGAAAGUGGUUCCACCGUUUACUGGACCAGUGCACCCUCAAAGUGCCCACCCGCCCCUCCACCCUCGUUUCUGCCAUCCCCUCCACCUUCUCCCACCACCACUUGUCUCUUUGAAUCGGUCACCACGUCUCUUCCACCCGCCCCUCCCCCAUCAAAGCUGCAUGAGGAUUAUGACGAUGAUGAAGUUCGUGAGGGAGGCACAACGUCCGAGUUUAGCGAGUCCUCCAGUGUGACUGCUUCACCCACACCUUGUCAACACGUUCACGUCCGCCAGCGACGCAGGCUUCACUUGCGUCGGCACAAACUUCGACCGCAACGACAUGUGGUCUCCGUCUCCUCAACUGCCUCAACAGACAACAACCAUAACAGUCACCAUAAUCAUAGUAAUCGAAGGAAGAAAAGUUGCAGCCUGGGAAAGAGACGUCCCAGGAAGGUGAGCUUCCACUCGGAUCUGGAAGAAAUAGUUCAGCCGGCAUGUCUGCAUUGUCCGCAGUGUGGGUCGAGGCAACAGCAGCAUUCUCACAAGCGGGUGAUGCGGAGAAACACCUAUGCUGCUGUAGCAGCCACCGUCGAACACCAUACAGCAGUGGCCACAUUCAGUCGGGUCGAACCGUCCUCGGUUGUAGCCAACACGAUUGAAAGCAGUGCCUCAUCGUCAGCAGGUCAAAAAACAUAUUCAAACCUUUCAUCUGAGUACUACCCCCGAGAAACUGUAAACCCACCUCCCAGUCCGAUAACAGAAUCAACCUACGCCCCACUUCCACUUGCUGUCUUGAAACAACCGGGAUCCCUGUCUCAGGCUGGCAGUGUCUCGAACUCGUGUGGUUCCAGCGCGGUCGUUUGCAACGAGCAUUUAAGUUCGCUUUCUUUUGAAACCCUGGGUAACGACAAGGAAGUGGACCAACGAAUUAUCGCAACAGUUGGAAAUCUUGGGAGAUCUGGAGUCGCUUCUUCCAAAACACCGUUCAUUCGUCCACCCGGUGAAGUUGUCUUCAAUCUCCCUUCACAAAUGCAGUUUUCGCCCACAGCCGCAAGGUGCAUCGCAGCUUCCGCGUCUACAUCUUAUCGUCAUCGGCACCACCUUCACUACCAGAAUAACGAACUAAACGCUGCGAUGGCGGCUGCUACUGCGGGAGCGACCAAGACCACUACUACCAUCCAAAAUGUUCACGUGGUCAUAGUUACCUCAAACAAGGAACAGCGACAUCAAUGCUGUAAUAGUAGCUCCGAUUGUUCACUCUCGUCUUCUGAAGAAAGCGAAUGUAUGCAAGAAAUGGCUGGACCCGAGACGAUCCGUCAGCAAAGCAUGCUAUUGGUUCCUGAUGAGCCUAGAGAACAAGCGGAGGGGGCAGAAGCUGAGGACGCCAACCCGAUGGCUCGAGCUCCGUUUGCCCAGUUUUCUUCGUCUGGGAAGAACAGCUGA